AUGUUAAGUUUUUUUCGCUGGUUGUGCUUUUUGCACGCAAUACAAUCAGUCUCAAGCAGCAGGCCUUUUCGUCUUGGUCAAUGGCUUCCUGCCGACUGGAACGUCACUGACGAAUGGUUGACCAACGUGAUCCACGAGUGUCAAUGUAAAUACAAAGAUAAGUUAGAAAUGCUUUUAACUCUUCAUCCAGCAGCUGAAGGCGACGAAACGCCUCUGUGUGUACUUCGAUCUACAGAUACUAAAAUUACAGAUAAGCACCUCCGUCUCCAUAAACCAGUCGAAGAUUUAAAGAAUGCUAUUCUCACCGACCACGAGAUCAACAUGUUCUUUCAUCAAAUGUUCUGGCAACAGUAUCAACUCCCAAACUCUUCAGAAGGAAUGAAAAUUCCGUCCUGGCAAUUGAUGAUAAUAAUAAUCGACCACAUCAUGACAACAGCUCCAAUGUUUAACAAAACUGCAUUGGUUGGCUUUCCAAUCAAUGCUAUCUUGAACUGGCCGAUGGCUACCACCGCUGGAUUUGCUGCCUUCCUGAACGACAAAGUCAACAGGUUGUUCAAGAACAUUCUCAAUUAUUGGGGAGAGUUCCUGUCAACUCCAGAGUCUUGCUAUGUCUUGACUGACCAUCCUCGACAUGGUUGGUUUGGUGAGGAUGCAAUGGAAGCAAUGCCAAACUUUGUUGAGAAGUUUAAAUGCGAUCCAGAUGCCCCUUAUUAUGGUUUCAAGUCAUGGGAUGAUUUUUUACCAGAGAGUUUCGUCCUGCAGUUCGUCCAGUAG